CAACUCGGGUGACCAAUCAGGUUCCGGGGGUGGCACUUGUCUCCGCGUGCGUGUGUCAGACAUGCACGCACACACAAACAAAACAAGAUGGCGGAGCGGAGCUGCACUGGCCCUACAACGAGAAGGUCCAGAUAAAAGUUGUCAGGAUUUUAUUUAACUUCUGUUUCCGGUCCAGAUGAGGCCUCCCCGCGGCCUGUGACGGCUCGUUCCCCGGCUGGCUGACUUCCUCCGCCGUCUGAAGACACAUUUCCACGGUGGGGAAGACGGUUGUUGUCCAACAUGGCGGCAGCGUCGUAUGACCAGCUGUUGAGGCAGGUAGAGGUGUUAAAAAUGGAGAACUCCAACCUGAGACAGGAGCUGCAGGACAACUCCAACCACCUCACCAAGCUGGAGACUGAGGCCUCCAACAUGAAGGAAGUGCUAAAGCAGCUGCAGGGCACCAUAGAAGAAGAGUCAGGAGAGGCGUCCGGCUCGCAGCUGGACCUUAUAGAAAGACUGAAAGGAAUCAGCCUGGAUUCAGCCAGCUUCAAGCCCAGGACCAGACUUCCUCCACCUCCUGUGUCCUCCUCCAGCUCAGCCUCAUCUUCCUCUGGAGCUCCUGCAGGAGCAGCUGCAGUCUCUGGAGCUCCAGGCCCCUCCUCAGCUGCUGCCUUCCCCAGGAAAGGGCUGCCAUCUGCGGGCAGAGACAGCCACGACCGCUGCCUGGACGAGCUGGAGAAUGAGAGAUCUCUUCUAUUGGCUGAGCUGGAGAAGGAGGAGAAGGAGAAAGACUGGUAUUAUGCUCAGCUGCAGAAUCUCACCAAGAGGAUCGACAGUCUGCCGCUCACAGAAAAAUUCACUCUGCAGACAGACAUGAGUCGCCGUCAGCUGGAGUACGAGGCUCGUCAGAUCCGAUCUGCCAUGGAGGAGCAGCUGGGCUCCUGUCAGGAGAUGGAGAGGAGGGCUCAGACUCGUGUGUCUCGUAUUCAGCAAAUAGAGAAGGACAUCCUGAGGCUGGGAGCUCGACUAUUUCAGACUCGUGUGUCUCGUAUUCAGCAAAUAGAGAAGGACAUCCUGAGGCUGGGAGCUCGACUACAGGUAGAGGGUGGUCAGAGCGCAGGUGAGAACAGUGGGGUGGCUGGUGCUCAGAGUUCUGUGAGCCGAUUGGACCACGACUCAGCCAAUGAGACAAGUUACUCUGUGCCUCGACGAAUCACAAGCCACCUGGGCACAAAGGUGGAGAUGGUGUACAGCCUGCUGUCCAUGCUGGGGACUCAUGAUAAAGACGACAUGUCGCGCACCCUGCUGGCCAUGUCCAGCUCACAGGACUCCUGCAUCGCCAUGCGUCAGUCAGGAUGUCUGCCGCUACUCAUACAGCUGCUGCAUGGCAACGACAAGGACUCCCUGUUGCUGGGUAACUCUCGUGGCAGUAAGGAGGCUCGAGCGCGAGCGGCAGCAGCGCUACACAACAUUGUGCACAGUCAGCCCGAUGACAAGAGAGGGCGCAGAGAAAUCAGAGUGCUCCACCUGCUGGAGCAGGUCCGCCAUUACUGCGAGGCUUGCUGGAGCUGGCAGGAAAACCACGAAGGAGGUGUGGACCAGGAGGACAACCCCAUGCCUUCACCUGUGGAGCAUCAGAUCUGUCCAGCGGUCUGUGUCCUCAUGAAGCUGUCCUUUGAUGAAGAACAUCGCCAUGCCAUGAAUGAGCUGGGAGGUCUGCAGGCGGUGGCGGAGCUGCUGCAGGUGGACUGUGAGAUGUUUGGGUUGAGCAGUGAUCAUUACAGCGUGACUCUGCGGCGAUACGCCGGCAUGGCCCUCACUAACCUGACGUUUGGAGACGUAGCCAAUAAGGCCACACUGUGCUCCAUGAAGGGCUGCAUGAGAGCCAUGGUUGCUCAGCUCAAAUCAGAGAGUGAAGACCUGCAGCAGGUGAUAGCCAGUGUCUUGAGGAAUCUGUCGUGGCGUGCUGAUGUCAACAGUAAGAAGACGCUGCGGGAGGUGGGCAGCGUGCGUGCUCUGAUGGGUUGUGCUCUAGAAGUUCAGAAG